AUGGAAAACUCCCUCAUGCUUACCUUUCUUUUAGUUUUCCUCAGUGGUGUGUUCCUUUUUGGAUCUGGAGAGAAAAAUUCUUCCUCUGAAGAUACUAUCGAAGAGGAAAGGAAGCCUGUGCUUCUGGAAGAUAUCCCAAGUACUGCAGCCUUCAUUGAUGGAGCUGAGGUGGCAGUUGUUGGAUUCUUUGAGGAUUCAGAAAAACCCGAAGCCUUAGAGUUCCUUACCAUGGUAAAAAAUAUACCAGAUGUACCAUUUGGGAUCUGCACCAGUUCUCAAGUUCUUUCUCACUAUAAUAUCACCCAAAAUACCAUCUCCCUCUUUCGUAUGGUGGAUAACAAAAGGCAAGAUUUGGAAAUCCAGGACAGUAAUAAAGUCGAUGUUGCAAUGUUGAGUCGCUUUGUCAGGAUGAAUGAACUCCGUUGGGUGACUGAGUACAACCCCAUGACUGCAGUAGGCCUCUUUGAUAGUGCAGUUCAGACCCAUCUUCUUCUGUUCAGUGACAAGACGUCCCCACUGCAUACUGAGAGGAUUAACAAGUACCGUGAAGCAGCAGUAGCCUUUCAAAGCAAGGCUCUGUUUAUCCUGGUGGACAUCAGCAUCCAGGGUAAUGAUCGGGUUCUGUCUUAUUUCCACUUAAAGAAGUCCCAGCUACCUGCCUUGGCUGCCUUCUACACUGCUGAUGAGGAGCAGGAUGUGCUGCUCUUGGAUGAAGUCUCUGUGGAGAGAAUAACAGAUUUUUGUAAUGCCUUCUUGGAGAAAAAGGGAGAAAAAAAAACUUCUAAACCAGAGGACAACCUUUUCAGAGAGGAGCUCUGAAUUUUUUUCAGCUCCGCAACAGAAAUAUGACAACUGCAAUUACUGGAAUCAACAGCAACCUAGAAAAAUGUCCUCUCUGUAAUGAGCUUGUCAUUUAAAUCCGGUUAUGAUUCUGUUCUGGAAUCAAUUUCCAUAAAAGUGUUGGCUGCUUUCUCAA